AUGAUGCUGGAGUGGAGAGAACUCGUCUCAACCUUUGAGGAGCCUGAGGGUGACAGUGAGACGCUUUACAUUAAAGCAUACAUGAAGGCUGCCGGCAAUUUGCACUGUGCGUGCAAAGAUGCAUUGGAAGCUUUCAAGACACAGGAGCUUCAGCAUGUCGAGGAGGAGAAGAAGAAGGCGGCUGCAGAGGCAGUGGGGUUGAUCAAUGACUACGCUUUGGGCAUUUGCACAGUUGCAAGUGCCAAGAGUGUGAUCCUUCUUGCCGGCGAUCCCAAGGCAGAGGUGUGCCUUGAGAGCAUGGUGAUGAAGGAGUUUCAGCCCUUUGCCACUGCUCUGCAAGGUUUGGACAAAACCAAGGAACAGAUCGAGAAAAUGAAGGCUUUGAGCCCACCUUCCCUCAAGGAGUUGCUUUCGUAUGUGAGCUCCUGUGAAGAAGCGGCAUCACUUCUGUCUUCCACCAGGAUGAAUGAAGACUCCCUGAACAGCCUCAAGACGGUGACGCAGUCCCUGCUGAAAUCUUUUGAUGAUGGGAUGCUGAAGGAGCUUUCCGGAUUCGAUGAAACUGUUCACAUCUUGCAGGGCUUCAUCAAAAAGUAUGGACCGCUGGCUGAUGCGGCCAAAAGCUGGCAGAUGGACCCGGUGAAGGCCCGAUUCAAAGGCGAAGGCAUCAAGACUGACUUCAACGCUUUCCAUGAUGGAGCUGGAGGCAGUUUUGCCUGUGUUGGAUGGCUUUGCGAACCACCGGCUCAGGAAAUCGCGGGGAUGGUGAUGCUGAGCGGCUUUUUCAUUGAUCCUGAUGGGAUGGAGCUUUCUACCGUGUUGACCUUUGCCCAGAAGACUUACCAGCUCAAGGAGGACCACUUGCCGGCCAAGCUCGCGAAGAUGGUGCAAGAUGCAAAGGAGAAGGAGAAAAGUGAUGCCAAGAAGCCAGUAAAGAAGGACAAGCUCAAAGACAAGAAGGAGAAAGGAACAGAGAAAAAGGAGAAAGGAACAGAGAAAAAGGAGAAAGGAACAGAGAAAAAGGAGAAGGGCAGUGACAAGAGCGACAAGAAGAAGGACAAGAAAAAGGAGAAGCCCGCGGGCGCUGCGGGCGCAGGUGAGGAAGAAAGCGCUGCAGCGGAGAAGAAGAGUUUCUUUGGACCUGAAACAACUGAGCAUCUGAAGGGAAAAGUACAGGACCUGAAAGCUGGCGGCAAGAAGGCGGCUGAAAAGGUGCGUGACGUGGGUGGAAAGCUGUGGCACAAGACGGACCAUUGGUUUCACCAGUUGCGGGGAGAUAGCGCCAAGGAAGGCGCCAUGACACGGAGUUGGGAAGAGUGUCACCAGCACGCUCUGCAACUCUAUGAGUCAGGAGUGGAUGACAACUUGGCUUGGACUUUGGAAGAGCUCAAGACGGGCACCUUACAAGUCUAUGCCAAGUCAGCUGUCAUUUUCCAUCAUCCCAACGACCAAGCGGCGGUGGACGAGCUGUUUAAGUCUUCCAGUGGGUCCAGCCAAUGUGCUGCCCCUUCAACGGCAUGCAUUGCGGCGUACUGCCAAACGCCCUUGCGCACAGAGAAUCAGCGCUGCGACGUUCACAUUUUUUCAUUCAGCCAGUCAUUCUUUGACAUUUCAUCCAUGGACCAAGCGAAGCGGCAAGUGCUUCGAGACAAGCUGAAGUGGCUGUGUUACACGGUCUCAGUUUGUGCUUCUCAGCAUCAGCUGAGCAUUGCAUGGCACCUGCCAGGCGGAGCUGCCGAUGUGUCCUUCGAGAACGACAGCGAGGUUUCGGUGGAAGGUCUUCAGGAGCUGUGCAAAAUGAUGAUGAAAGACCAGUUAAAGGCCUUCCCAGAGGUCGACUUGACCACACGGCUUCCAGACCUUCACAGCUACUUCGACAGCCCAGGAUUUGAAGAAACUGCCAGUAGCACCCUCUUCGUUCACUUGGGCGAGCCCUGGCAUGGGGCUCCACCAUUGGGUGUCUUUGGCUCUUGCACCGCUUUAACGCUUCUGUGUCGACCAACGACCAACCCUUGCUUGAACCAGGUACUGCUGACAGCCCCAGAGGACUCGUCACUGGUGGCCCCAGCAGCCGAUGUGGUCGCUUCGGCUGGGCUGGAUUUGCUGGACGUGGCAGAGGACUCGGCUCCUCCCAUGGAUCCAAUGGAUCCCGUGGCCGUAGUGAUCGGUGACGACCUGGAGCUGGACGAGGAGCUCCCCAGCGAGGCUUGUACGUCGGUUCCGAACGGUGCCACAGGUGGUUACCCUUCGAUAGAGGCUCCAGCUGUGGCACAAAACAGCAGCGCCCCGGUUUCGAAGACGGUCGAGGCGACACAAACUCCACGAGUGACAACGGAGCAACUGCCGUUGUUCACAAAACGACAGGGUAGCUGUGGCUUAGCCCGGCUUAGCUUUUGGUCGCUCGUGGCUCAACGUCCUGCGGUGGCCAAGAUGGUCUUUGGAGGCUGCUUCUGCUCGCAGCGACAAAGACCACGCCGUGGCUUUCGCGUGGCACUCACCCGUGACGGAGAAUCGGACCGCUACGGAUUUGUCGCUACGUUUGCCCCCAAUGGACCAAAGGAUCAAGGUUUGGUGAUCCGGGACAUCACACAAGAUAUGUGUACCGCCGCCUCGCGCUGGAACGCGGCGCACGUAGGGCGCGGAGCGCGCGGAGUGGCGGAGCGCCAGAUUCGUGCUGGCCAGGUGAUCCUGGAGGUGAAUGGGCAGACAGAAACCCCUGAGAUGUUGAGAGAAGUCAGUGAUGCCAACACCUUAGAGAUGCUGAUCUCAGAUCAGUUGACGCCCUUGCAGAAGGAGAUUUUCAGGGUUUCGAGGAAAAAGAGCAGAAUGAUGGCCAAGAUGGAGAACAUCCUCCAAGAUGUGCCACGCUCCGUCAGGGAAGAUCUGGGUGAAGCCUGCUCCAUUUGCUUUGACGACAUGGAUGAGAAGUCCACUGCCGUUCAGCUUCCCUGUGGUCACUGCUUUCACAAGAAAUGUGUGACCAAAUGGUUGACUUCGGGCGAGCCUCGACAACGAUGCCCCCUUUGCAACCAGAAGUUGGAAAUCAGCCCUUGAUCGAAAGCACCGAGCAGCCACUCUUCCAUUUAUCCACAUACAUGAGCAGCGGCCAUAAAAAAAGUCCGUUGAGCUUUUCGUUUGCC